UCCCAAAGCAUUAUUUGAAAUUCCAAAAAGCCUUUGGCGCACAUCAAAAACAUGAGAGAACAUCAUCUUCAAACACCAUUGAAGGAGCUCGGAAAUCGCCGAUCAAAAUCCAUCUCCGCCGAUCAAACUAAGAAGCAGAUCAAAAGCACUAGGAAGAACUUGAAUUCUGUGUUUGAAUCGCAAGCUGCCUCCUCAUUUUCUCAAUCAUCGAUCGGCACUUCUUCUCUGUUUUCAGAUGAUCAUAGUCUACUCACUGAAUCUGCCUCUGAGGACUUGUUGAUUCCAGAGACUUCUCCUUCAUCAGAGGCAGUGGAUCCUCUAGUUGAUCUGACUCCAUUGUCAUCGACAGUAACUUCUGACAAGUUCAAAGAAUGCACUGGUUCGAAUAGCCGUAAUGAAAUUCCACAAAUUAGUGAUGUGAAUUUUGGUUCUGUUGAGGCUGAAAUGGCAGUAAAGUACCUAAGAGAAGCUCAAGUGCAAGUGGUGAAUGCAACAGAUAUUGAUAUUCGGUAUAAGAACCUUCUCGAUGCUUUCAUGAACACUGUAGUUGAAGAGUUCUAUGGACUGCCAGAAGACAAGGACUGCUAUAAUGCCAUUGUCUCAAAGAAACUCCAUUUGGUGACACUGACUUUCUUGCUGUGGAUAAUUGCUGUUUUCAUCGGAUUCUUCUUCCAUUCGGGCGAAAAUCACUCUUUCCAUGGACCUUUACCUACCUAAAAUGUUGCGAUCUCAGUGGCUGAUGUUUGCAGGUAUAUUUCUCUUUUCACCUAUGGUACAUGAACUCUUCAUUUUGCGCUGAUGUAUUCGUGUCAAUCAUAUUCGAAAAAAGUGUUUGUAGUUCUGUUUUGGAUCUUCAUUUUGGAAUUUGGUAUAACUUGUGUGAAUCAUAACUGUGUCGAGCAUGGAUGUAUGUGUUAAGCAGAUAAUUCAACUAGAUCAAGUGUCAAUCUGAAGCAUUUUGGUAGAUAUCAGCUGAAUAUCUGAUUGUUUUGAUCUAUAGAGAGCACAAUGAUAUGCUGCAAUUUGCUUGGGAAUUGAAUUUGAUACAAGAUGGAAGAAUAUCAGAUGAAAUCGUUUUUACCUACUAAUGCAUUUUACAAUAUACUGACAAAUAAUUGUUAACUAAAGUUCAAAUAUAGAAGACAUGAAAUACUCGCAAGUAUUUGAUUUCAGAAGACGUUGACCAUUUUGGUAAUGACUUUGGCUCUUGAGUGACAUAUGUAGGACGUAGGGAGCUGAUGUAACCAAUAUCAAUCUACAGAGUGUAUGGUUCUACACAUAUAUAUCCAUAGCAAAACAUAAGGCCUAAAUGGUAUAUUUUAAGUGCGUCCAGAAAAUGGACCAAUCCGUCCAAAAUAAAUUACCCUCACGUAAACAGAAGUUGAACCAUUAAUAGUAUGAUGUAACUUUCUAAUACUUGGUAGGAACGACAUCAAAUCAUCGCAAGACGUUAAAAAAUUGAGAACAAGUAGAAAGAGUCUACACCUUUAAGAAUCCAACCCAAAGCAUUUCACAAUUAACUUUAGUUCCAAAUUGCAAUAGUGGUAGUUGGUGUUUCCCUUUAUUUCAAAACAAACUUGGUUAAUUUUCUGUUUGCUUGAAAUAUAGAGAGAUGAUACACAUAGGAGUACAAUGCACAUCUAAAUAAAUUUUGCCUGUUCAAGAUUCUUUUUAAAUCUGUUCCGGAAUUGUAACUUUAAAAAACAGAGUGCAUAUAGAAUGAAUUUUCUGAGAAUUCUCAGGUAUAGAUAAAUUUUCUAAAGGCAUGUCUAAGAAUUUUGCAGCGUAAAAUUUCACAAAAUUGCCUCAACUCUAUGGUGCAACUGAAAAAUCAACCAAGAAAAAAAAA